UCUACUGACUUCAUAAUGUCUGAAAUCAGAUUCAGCAAUCUCACUUGGGAGCAAGUUAUAACACUGGAUCACGUGUUAGAGGAAGUAAUUCCAAUUCAUGGACGGGGAAAUUUCCCCACACUGGAGGUAAAACCAAAAGAUAUCAUUCAUAUUGUGAAAGAUCAACUCAUAGAGCAAGGAAUUAUUGUUAAAGAUACCAGAUUGAAUGGUUCCACAGCAAGUUACAUACUUGCAAGCCAUAAUGGAAUCAUCUAUAAAGAUCUGGACAUAAUUUUUGGUGUUGAACUUCCAAGUGAUCAGGAAUUUCAGGUAGUUAAGGAUUCAGUUCUAGGUUGUCUACUUGACUUUUUACCAAAAGGUGUAAAAAAGGAAAAGAUUACCCUAAAGACCAUGAAAGAGGCUUAUGUGCAGAAGAUGAUCAAAGUUUGCAAUAAGCAUGAUCAUUGGAGUCUCAUCUCUCUUUCAAAUAACACUGGGAAGAAUGUAGAAUUAAAAUUUGUGAAUUCACUCAGACGACAAUUCGAAUUUAGUGUAGAUUCCUUUCAAAUCCUUUUGGAUCCCAUGCUAGACUUCUACAGCAACAAAAGUGCUAAGCUAGCCAAAGAAUUCUAUCCUGUUGUUGUAGCUGAAAGUAUGUAUGGAGACUUCCAAGAAGCAAUGAUACAUUUGAAAUACAAGCUGAUAUCUACCAGGAAACCUGAAGAGAUUAGAGGUGGUGGCCUUUUGAAAUAUAGUAACUUGCUGGUUCGUGACUUCAAGCCAGCUUGUGAAGCAGAAAUCAAGACCCUGGAACGUUAUAUGUGUUCUAGAUUCUUCAUCGAUUUUCCUGAUGUAGGAGAACAACAAAAGAAAAUUGAAUCAUACCUCCGCAACCAUUUCAUAGGUGAAGGAAAGAGCAAAUAUGACUACCUUAUGACCUUGCAUGGAAUUGUGAACCAAAGCACUGUUUGUCUAAUGGGACAUGAAAGAAGACAGACUCUCAACAUGAUCACCCUUAUGGCUUUAAAAGUACUUGGAGAACAGAAUAUUCUACCCAGUACAGACAAUGUAACUUGCUAUUAUCAACCUGCUCCAUACUUAGUUGCUGAGGGAAGGUAUCCUGUUUAUCAUGUAACAUCUGGGCCACCACCCAUUUUCUUCCAGCCAUAUCAUGCAUUGCACUUUCAUGUGCCAAAUGGUAUGGUUUAAGAAAUGCAGAUACAGUAGAAACUUUGCUUUAACUGAAUACCUCUUAAAAGCAAAUUUUCUGAAGUCUACAAAAUUCACAAGAUCUGGUUUUAUUUUUUGUGCCGUUACCAACAAAUUUCCAUCAAUUACU